GCGGGGCCGCGGCGGGACCGGCCCUGGCACCGGCCCUGGCACCGGGCCUGGCACCGGCGCUGCGAUGUUCCGCCGGGCCCGCCUCAACGUGCGGCCCAACGUGAGGCCCGCGGGCAGGGGCGCCGGGGGCACGGCCGAGCCGCUGCCUCAGGCCUCGGGCUCCCCGGCGGCCGCCGGAGCUGACGCGGCGGCGGGAGUGGCUGCCGAGCCCCCGCGGCAGGCGGAGAGCGAUGACAAGGCUAAUAGCUCAAAUGAUGCUGGAGAAGCUAGUAAGCCUGCAGAGAUGCCUACGCAGAGAAGAAAACGGAUCUCCACCAUGCCAAAUCUUCUUAAACCCAGAGCUGGACCUUCAUCUACUCAGUGUCCUGCAUCAAAACUGCAGAGGCGAGCAUCGCAGGCUCCCAAUGAAAGUGCUUCACCUCAGAAGGAUUCCUCUCCAUCAGAAGAGAGUAAUGUUGAAAGUUCUUUGAAGUCUCCCAUGCUGCCAGAAAAGAAAACACCUGUGCCACAAGUGCCACAGUUUUCCCCACUUAAAAAGUUGGUGAACAAAGAGCAAACUGUAGGUGUAGCUGCUCAAAGAAAUGACGAUACCUUGCAGAAGAGUGUACCCUCACCACUCAAGGAGAGACCGACACAGGAAGGAUCAGGAAUACAGGAGGAAAAACCACCUAUGAAACCUGCGCCCGUGAAAGAGAAACGAGUGUGUUCUGACCGUGAAAGGAUCCUCAAAGCUCGGAAGUUAAGAGAAAUGCUUAAAGAAGAGCUGAAAAAAGAGCGGAUGUUGAAACACAGGCCUCCAAUAAUUGAAGGACGUUCUCCACCAGAUCGCUCUAAAAUGACCAUGAGGGACUUGAUACACUAUCUACCAGAAAACAAUCCUAUGAAGUCUUCAUUGGCAGAAGAAAAGAGAACAGAAAAAAAUUCUGCACAGGGUCAAAUGAAAGAACAGGAAGAGAAGAAUACUCCUGAUCAUGAAGAGGAAGAUGAGGAGGAAGAAGCAGAGAAUGGGGAGGAGAGUCAAGAUGGUCCUCUUCUAGUGCCUCGUGUGAAAGUAGCAGAGGAUGGUUCAAUUAUACUGGAUGAAGAAAGUUUAACUGUAGAAGUUUUAAGAACAAAAGGUUCAUGUGUUAUAGAAGAAAAUGAUCCCAUCUUUGAGCGUGGCUCUACAACUACAUAUUCCAGCUUCAGGAAAAGUUUUUACACAAAACCGUGGUCAAAUAAAGAAACAGACAUGUUCUUUCUGGCUAUCAGUAUGGUAGGAACUGACUUCUCCUUGAUUGGACGGCUGUUUCCUCAUAGGGCCAGAGCAGAAAUUAAGAACAAGUUCAAACGUGAGGAGAAAGCUAAUGGAUGGAGGAUAGACAAAGCUUUCAAAGAAAAGCGGCCUUUUGAUUUUGAAUUCUUCGCCCAGCUGCUUGAGAAGGUCUUAGCAGAUGAGGAAAAGAGGAAACAGAAGACUGCUAAAAGCCAGAAGCCAAAGGAAAAGACACCGUCAAGACCUCGGAAGAGACCAAAAGCAAAAGCUGCCAGCAGAGAAGCUGCUGGUGAUAAGGAUGAUCUUCAGGAAGGCAGAAUUUCUGAUGCAGAAACAGAAGCAGAUGCUGUAACAGCUGAGAAAGAAAAUGAAGAAUCUUCAGGCCUGGCUGAACAGACAGAAGAACAGGUUGCAUUAGAGCCAGUGUUAGCAAAAAAGAAGAGAAAGAAGAAGAGAAAAGAUGAUCUUGAACAGGAAGUGGAGAAUCUUCCAGAAGAAAUGUCAGUCCCUUCAAAAAUUGCUGAAGAAGGGAAAUCAUCUGAGAAAACAGAAAAAAAUGUGGUAUGUGAUGCUAAGAAUGAUGGUCAUACUACCUGUAGAGAAGAACUGGAUAGUGUUAUUGAAGGAAAACGAGAUGACACUGUUACAGAGGAAGAGGGGUCAGAGUCCUCUUUACCAGUGGAUGUCAUGAUGGAGAGAGAAAGUGAUGUCAAAUUAUGCAGCUUUGAAGGUAGCAAUGAUACUAUAUUAGAAACAGACUCUGCUAUACUGAGAACUCAAGAUACGAGAGACAACACAUCACAGGAAAGUCACAUUUCAGAGUUACCAGUUUCGAGGCUUCGAAGCGAGGAAAGACAGUCUGAAGAAACCAGAGAAACAAAGAGCAAAGACAUACAUGACUUAUGUAGACCAGAUGAAAAGCAGAGUGCAUCAGAAAAUGAUUCUCAGUCUGAAAUAAUGAAAACUGAAAAGGCACCAGACAGAAGGCGCUUGCAAAGACCUAAACCCAAUAUAGUGAGAACAUCUGGAAGGAGGGAAGCAUCAACCCAAGAGAAAGUGGAGGCUGAGACUUCCUCCACAAACCUUGUGAAUGCAAAUGAAAAGAUCUCUGAGGAAGACAGUAGAAGAAACAGAAAUGACAAGACAGAUUUGGAUACUAAAUCUGAAGCACCUGAAAAAACUGUAAUUGCAAAGGCAAUAGUUAGAGGAUGUCGUCAGAGAUUUAAACCUAAUGUUAUAAGAGCAUCUGGAAGGAAAGAAGAGCCCGAAAAAGAUGCAGAAAAAGACAAAAUGUCCCAUCUACAGCCUAGGGGAGAACCUAAGGGAGAAACAGAAAAGAACACUGACCAGAGUAAUAGAUCUGAUGCUACCAGUGAAGAAGCAGCAGAAAAAGAUAAUAAAGUCCCAGAGACAAUGUCUCAAUCUAGUGAAACAGCUGGUUUACAAGAUGGCAGCAAACAGUGUGUGCUGAAACCAACACCUCUAAAGAGAGGCAGACUGCAGAGACCAAAACCAAAUCUAGGAAGAACUGUUGGAAAGCAGAAGGACCUGCCAGAGGAAAAAGAUUCUGAAGAGCAGAAAUCUCAGAGUGGAGAAACAGAAGAAGGCCUGAUACACCAUAGGGAUGGAAACAAUGAUCCAUGCCUAAAAAAUGAUGUGAUGAUUCAUGAAGACACUCAACCAUGCAAUGUGAUUUUAGAAGGGGAUGUUUCUACAGAUUCUGAGAGGAGCUCAAUACAUACAAGGCAGCAUUCCCAAGAAAAACCCUUAGAAGCAGAAAGCUAUGAAAGUGAAAAGGAAUCGUCAGAUGUCUGGAAACAGGCUUCAGAUUUCAAUGUGGGGGAGUCUGGUCCUAGAAAGGAAGAGGAGAAAACUGUUGUAUCAUCAGCUCAGCUACUGAGGAGUCGAUUCCAGAGACCAAAACCAAAUUUAAGAAUGACAACUAGUAGAAAGAAAAUGUUGGAUGUAAGUGAUGAAGGUGUAUCACAGCAAGACAGAAACAAGGAAGAAGGUUUGACACAAUGUGACAGUGAUUGUAGCAUCCUUUCUGAUACACAUAAAACAGGAAAAUAUGAAGUCCUGCAACCAUUGGAAUCCUCAGGAAAGGCAGAGUCACUUUGCGCUCAGGUUUCUGAGAGGCCAAGCUGUGAGUCCCCAAAGAUGUUUUCAAGAUCAGAGGAUGCUGAACUUGAGUUAUGUCUACCUGAAAUUAACCAAGAUGACACUUCAACUGCUACUGCAGGCAAAAAUAACACUGAAGAAGAAAGUAAACAAAUACCUAUUCGACCUGUCCAGUUAGUACGGAGCAGAUUCCAAAGGUACAAGCCAAACUUAAGAAAAUUGGUUGGAAAGAAGGAAUUACAAAUAGCAGAAAAUGAGAGGGAGGAAAAGCCUGAAGCAGAGAAGUUGCUGUUGCAAGAAAAUGAGUCUGCCAAUGCUGUCAUUGGUGAAAAUGAAGCUGUGCUCUGUCAAACGGAUGUAUGGAGCAAUGAGGAACAGGAACAGCAAGCAGUGCCUCCGGUGCCCUGUGCUUCUGAAAACGUACCGUGUGAACAAAGCAGUGCUGAAAAAUGCACUUCCCAAGAUGACAAGCUGGGUGCUCUGAAACCAGAACAAUCCGUAAGGAAUGGAUCUCCAAGAACAAGACAAAACCUAGAAAGAGCAUAUAGCAAAGAAGAAUCUCCAGUGGCACAAAAACUUGCUGCUCCAGUUGAGGAAGAAGUAAAUAAAGGAGAGAACCUGCCUGUGGCAGAAGGAUCUGAGGAACUUCCUUCCUCCAAAGAUGACACGGAAGUAUUGUUGUUUGCUGGGAAUUUGUCCAAUCUAGACACAGAUCCAAAAAGUAUUGAGUCAGAAACACAAGGUUCCUCUAAAAAAUCACCCAACUACCACAGCAAGGGAGAACAAGAAGAAUGUCUUCCUACAGAUGCUCUAGGAAGCAUUCAGGAUCCCAUAGAAAGGUCAAAUGACAAAUCAAGAUCUGGAGAAGAAAGUAAACAGAGUGAUACAAAACCUUUGCAUCAAGUGAGGGAAUCCCACUGGAACACAAAGCCAAACCUAAUGAGAGUUACUAGGAAAAGAGAUUAUCCUGAAGGUGGUGAAAACAGAGAAGAGGACAAGGCUGAGGAAAUAAAUGCAAAAGAGUGUUUGGUAUUAGAGAAAACUGUUUCAUCAACGCAAAACUCUAGUAACAUAGUGGAAGCUGCAAAGUUCUCAGAGGCUACAAGAAAACACAAUCUCACAGACUCUGAAGAAACACCAUGUAAAAGACUCAGGCAGGAUAACAGUCUUCAGUCUCCAGAAAUAUCGUCAGAGGGUGAGAGUCAAGUAGAACAAGAUGAUUUUCAGCUUUCUACCUCUCAGGAAAAAAAUUCAGACAGUCUUUUAAGGAGGCAGUCCAGAAGGUCAUCAAAACAGGUGGUACUGCCAAAACAUGUCUCGGAGCCAAGACGUGCUGCUGCUUCUGCUUCUGAGUGUGAGGCUGCUUGCAGUGAAAAGGGGAAUCAAAGGCAAGAAGUUAAACUUAGUCUUACAAGAGGCAAAAGUUUGAAAACUACACUUAGAAAGAAAUCUGGGAAGGAACACAGAAGUUCAAAGAUAACUUUGGUGACCCUCCGGGCUUCUCAAGAGGAGGAGGAGGAGGAGACAGAUGUCUUGGUGCCUGAUGAUGAAGAUGAAUGCUUUGCACCAGAAGAAGUAAACAAAGCUCCAGUGUUUGUUCCUAUAUGUCUGCGAUCUCCCAAACCAAUUCCUGUUCAGAUAGAGGAAACCAUGGAGGAGCUGGAAAUACCUGUGAAUAUACCAGAUGUGCAGGUGCCUACUGAUGUUGAAAUUGCCUCUCAUGCAUCUGUCCAGCUGGUAAUACAGACAGAGGAAAAAGUAAUAGCCUCAACAGCUGAAAUAACUGUACAUGAAAAUCCAGAGGUGGACAAAGGAAUCAAUGAUGGAAGCACUGAAGCUGCUAUGACUUUACUUGCAAUGGGUGACCCAAUGUUCCAGUUAAAAACAAGUACUGAAGAAUGGACACACAUGUUGCCUGCUCAAGAUGAUUUGAACAUGGUGGAUAGCCUUGUAACCCACACCUACUCCAAAGAAAGUAGAACACCUAGUCAGUAUUUACACUCUUCAGACACUUCUACCAAGGAAUUGGUCUCUUCUGAAGAUGGAAGCAACAUUAAUGUAGAGGAUCAAAGCACUGGCAUAAGAAUAGGUGUUGAAGGAUAUUUUGAGGAAAAUGCUACAGAUAACAGGCGUAGCUCUUGGCCUGUGGUGAAUAGUAUGAGACUGACACAAGGCAGACUCCUAGAGCCUGAGCCAGGCUUUGGAAUACUGCAGUCCAAUGAAACUGUAGUUCAGAAGUCACUUAAUACAGAUGUACAUGUGGAACAACUAGAGCAAGUUCAAAGUGAGUCUACAGCCCUGAGAGGUGCUGCAGAAAUGCAGAAGGUGGAACUAGAACAGGUGAGACCAGCUGCAGGUGAUGCUUCAGUUCUUCAUGAUUUUGCAGCUAGAAGUACGGAACUUUUCAAGGAAGCAAACAAAACUGAGAGAACAGAAAAAGAGAUGAGAGAUGCUUGUGGAAAUUCAGGAGAUUUAAGACCUGUAACUGCAUCACCAAAACUCGAAAAGUCUCACCUUGGAUUGGAGGAUUAUCCAAAUGAAAGUUCUGUGGACGGACUUCCUGAGCAAAACCCUUGUCCUCCUGAGUACAAUAUAUGCACAAUCAACUUUACUCAGGAGGAAGCUGGCCCUCAGGAUUCUCAACAACAGUGCGUAAGCAGCACAGAAGAGACUCCAGAAAUUACAGUAGCAAGUGUUGAUCAUAGAUGUCCAGAGGAAGAACAGACAUACAUUUUAACAUUGGUGGAAAUUCCAGCUGACUCAAAAGACUUCGGUGCAUCUGCUUUGCUGGAACCAACUUCAGAACCACUGCUGCCAGCCCCAAUACUUAUCAGUCCAAUAAAUGCAAGUGAAACAAACGAGACUGAAAUUGAGAGCAUUGGAUCCUUGACAACUGCAGCUGAUGAAUUUGCUGCACCUUUAAACAGCCGUGUGGAAACCACACAACUAGAGAGUUUAUCAGUGGAGCCCGUUCCGUAUCUGGAGACAACUCAAAAAAGUCCAGCUGCUGAGCUUGAAGAGAAUUAUUUUCCUCCUGCCAAGAAAGCUGUGUGUACUGUUGUAGAGGAAGGUACCCUGGAAACCACUUACAAGGGUUAUUCAAUUAAAUCCAGAGAUGCUUCAACAAUAGCUUCAGGGAAUCCUUUUCAAAAAACGGAAGCUUCAGCAAAGGAAACAAUAUAUACCUCUGUGUUGGUGUCUGAGCCUGUGUCACCACAACCUGAAAGAAGCCAGCCGGAGACUUCAGAGAACCAAGUGAAAACAACAGCUGAGAAUUCAACAUUUAGACAGGAAGAAGAGGUGACAUCUAGAUUAACCUCUAAUAGAAAAGAAGAAAUAAGUGGCCAAGGAAUGCAGGGGAAUGGGCAUGAAUCUGAGCAGUCGGAACAUACUGAAAGCCUGGCAUCAUCUUCAAAAACUCCAUUACUUAGGUGUGGACGAAAACCAUUGGGAUUUUUAUCUUUAAUUUGCAAACAAAAUAGUUCUAAAUCUGCAGAAGAUACCAAACGGAAUAAAGAUAAGAUCCCAAAGCCUCGAAUCGUGACUCCAAAGCGAAGUCUAAAAAGACCUGGUCCAUCCACUGAGGGUGACAGGGGAUCAUGUUCCCUUCCCUCUACAAGCACAUUAUCAUCAGUGGAGUAUGAGAAUGUAGUUGCUGAUUUUGCAGUUACGGUUCCAAGUAAUGAGCCAUCUGAGAAGCUGCCCCUUUGUGCUAAAGAUCAAGAGAAGGAAGAAGAGCCAACCAGAAUCUCUGAGUAUUUUUUCAGUGACAUCUUUAUGGAAGUAGAUGAUUCAGAAUAGCAAAUUUGCUUUAUAAAAUCAUGGGAUCUGAGAGUAUGAUGCAAAAAGAAAAGGGUAUUUUUAAGAAGUUCUGAUUUGUUCUGAUGUUCAUUCUGCCACACUUGCUAUCAGCCAAGCUGUUGUUAAUAAAUUCCAAAAAGAUGAAGCAAUCUGGACACAUUUAAAGUAUUGACAUAAUCUAAACUGCUACGUUUAUGUCAUGGGACCAGACCAGCAGCUUCUGGUUUAUAUUUUCAUUUGGUUUAAAUGUGGAUCAUGAGUGCAUGAAUAUCUACCAGAAAAGUGCAAUGAAAAAAUACUUAACCUUGUGACAAGUAUCCUUUUGAAUUUAAAUGCAUUAAUUUAAAUGCAUAGGUGAUUUUAAAUGGUAUACAAGUCUUUACUUCUUUUUGUGAAGUAUGUUAUGUUAGUAUGUUAGAAGGAAGAGUGAACCUUUUAUGUAUAGUAUAAUCUCUAUAGAUCAGGAUACAAUUUCUGGAAGUAGUGUAGUAAAUGCACAGAUAUGUUCAGCACUGCAGGUAUUUUUAUUAGCAUCUCCAAAUUACAUAUUUUUGUAAGAGUUUUUAAUUACAUAAAGCAAAAGAUCUUAACCUGAAAAGCCAAAUGGGUUUAGUUCCUUGUAAAUUUGUUGAGAACAAUCGGAAAAACACUAUUUACUAGAAAAUGCUACACAAUGUUAAUCUUUGCAACUGUCCUACUGGAGUGGAAGUGGCUACUGUUUCCUAGCAUAAAUGUUGAUUUCCUUCUAAAUUUGAAAACAAGGAGAUAGAUGCCAAUUUUUUCUUUGAUUUUACAUGCAAGUCUUUCUAUCUCUAUUGACUUCCUUGGCUUCCCUGUGCAAAGUAGCACAAGAGACUGGAUUUAUACCAACGUGGUUGCUGUGAGGAUUUGCUACUUUGAAGCAGUUGAAUUUGAAUGGUUUUCCUCAUGUUGCAUGUCUACUUGUACAGUAACUUGCUAUAAAAUGCUGGUGUAGCUUUAGAUUUUAGUCUGAUUUUUUUACUUGUCUCAUCUAAAAGGUUGUUUUGAAGUAAUAGGGUUCAUGUAGCCUCAAAGUCGGGUGUUCACUGAAAGAUUCAGUGUUUAUUCUGAAACUCCUCAUUCCACAAUGAGGAGAUGCAUAGAUUUCAGUAGUGUCAAUAUUUCGGUAGUUUCUCCUGUUAUUUAAUAACAGCAGGUAUUUUAGAAAAACAAAUUAUUAUCAAAGUGAAACUGAUGGCAUUGUUAUGCUCUUAAGAAACCUAUCUUCAGCUUUGGACUGGAUAAUCAUUUCCUGGCAAAUAUUUUCAUAGCAGUGUCUAGUUAAUUUUGAAGUACUUGAAGUUUGAGAAUGUUUGCCUUUUCAAAAGCUAUUGACAAGGCUUCUGAGGGAGCCUUUAAAAUUUUGUCAGGAAGCAAAAAUACACGGAAAAGCAAUUCUUACUGCAAAGUGCUACAUUUCCAGGCCUCUGUCAAUCAAAUGUUGCUAGCAGUAUCUUCUUGAGGGGAUAGAAAAGGGACUACCAGUUCCAGUGUAAAGUAGCUUACUUGAAGGUCAUGCUGUUAGCCCCCCCCAAAAAAACCCCCCACCCCUAACAGUAGUUUUCUGUUCAGGCAGUAUCUUGUGCUUUGCAUAAUCAAUGUAACUUGAAAUGUUUAUCUAAAUAUUGUCUUAUUGUAAACAUUAUGAAAUAGAUUAAUCUAUACAUAAAUCUCCAUGUAUUAUAUCUUGUAAUAUUAUUUUAUGUAUGCAAGCAUUUACUUCCUAAUACAUGUGGCAUGUUUAAAUCACUUGCACUGAUAGAGCCUAAAAUUAGAUUUGUGGGAGGUGGCUAUAAAAUAACUGCCCUAAGUACUUUCUGAGGUGAUAACCAUUCUACAUGUAGUUGCAUAGAUUUUAGCUUGCCUUCAUAUUACAAGCAGGAAAAAAAAAAAAGCCAGCUAUUUCAUUACUAAGAUUUAAGGUGCCUUAUCUGCCUUGUUAAUUGGGGCUGCAUAUUUUUCCCUGCAGUAAAUCACAUGCACUUUGUUAGACGUGGGGUUUUUUUUAAGAACAAAUUUAAUUUGAAGUGAGAUAAGACAAUUGUUGUGUUCUGUUUUGUGUAUGAAGAUUUUAUAAGGGUGAAGGAUGUAGGGAAAAGUGGUGAAAUCUAAACGCCCACUAGUUAAGCAUUUUUACAAGGAUGCGACAAUAAAAAUGCUUUGCUUAGUGUUGUCUGACACCCUGUGUUACCACAUAUAAGCUUUCUGUUUCAAAGAAAGUAGUCAUAUCCUGUAUGUAAAUUAUGUUAAUAAAUUAUUUAUAUUACCCAA